AUGUACACAUUGGGGGAAGAUGAAGUGCCCACCAUCACUACAUCGCAGUAUUUCACUUUGAAAAUUAAGCUCGGGCACAGAUAUCGACGUCAAGUUACGGUUCGAAACAUCGAGAACGACCCGCAGGUCGUGGAAACAACGCCGGAACAACGCGCAUGUCGUUUCCAUUACGAGAAUGAAGAUGGCCUCUACCCUCAUUAUUCAUACAGCGCCUGUACUGUGUUGUGUCGCAAGAGAGCACAGCGUGAAAUCUGUGGAUGCAAUGACCAUUUUAUGCUGGAAACUGAUGCAUCUGAGCACUGUAAUAUAUCUGGUAUGGUAUGCCUUCACAUGCACGAAAGCCAAUUGACAACCUUGAAGCCCCACUGGGCCGUAGACCGAUAUGGUAUGGUCUGCGAAUGUCUACCAUCUUGCGAUGAAACGGAGAUAACUAUAAUCAAGGACGUCAUCAACUCG